AUGUUGCUGCAUUACUUCUCUUCAUUGAUCCUCUUCACAUACACCUUGGAUGCCCAAGCUGCAGGAAUGACCUCCUUCUCCAAGAGAUCAGUCCCAGAUACCUGUACCAUCAUCAUGUGUAACCCUGUAGAAAAUGGAUUGCCUGGAAGGGAUGGGAGAGAUGGGAGAGAAGGUCCCAGAGGAGAAAAGGGAGAUCUAGGAUUGCCAGGACCUAGAGGCUCACCAGGGUUAAAUGGAGAAAUUGGUCCCAUUGGGCCCAAAGGAGAAAAUGGUUCAAUGGGGGAUCCAGGCACAAAGGGAGACACUGGAGAAAAAGGACUCCCUGGAACUCCAGGUGUGCCUGGUCCUCCUGGAAAAAUUGGUCCUCCUGGACAACAGGGAAACAUAGGACCAAAAGGUGAACAGGGGCCCAAAGGAGAAGCUGGAGCCAAAGGAGAAGCAGGAAGACCAGGUGCACAAGGUCCUACAGGCCCAAUUGGCCCCCCAGGCCCUCCUGGGGUAAAAGGAGCAUCAGGUGAAAGAGGGCCUCCUGGAAAUCCUGGAGCAGCUGGCUCAACUGGAACUUCUGGUACUCCAGGAUCUUCAGGGCCAAGAGGCCCAUCUGGGCAAAAAGGUGAUAGAGGAUUACCUGGGGAGAAAGGAGCCAAAGGAGAAAGUGGUCUCACAGAAACUAAUUCUCUGAAGCAGCAAGUAGUGGCCCUUCAAGAACAGGUGAGAAUCCUGCAAACAAGUUUCUCCAAGUACAAGAAUGCUGAAUUGUUCCCAAGUGGCCGAGCAGUUGGGGAAACAAUAUUCAAGACCAGUGGCUUUGAGGGCAACUUUGAAAAGGCACUGCAAUCAUGCAGACAAGCUGGUGGACAAGUAGCCUCACCCAGAAAUGCAGCAGAGAAUAUGGCCCUUCAGGAGAUUGUCACAGUAUACAACAAGGUGGCCUUCCUUGGCAUAACUGACAUGAAGACAGAGGGCAAGUUCAUCUCUCCAACAGGAGAACCAUUGGGCUAUUUCAACUGGGCCCCAGGAGAGCCCAACAAUGAUCAAGAUGGAGAAGACUGUGUUGAGAUCUUUACCAAUGGCAAAUGGAAUGAUAAAAGAUGUGGGGAUUCACGUCUCAUCAUUUGUCAAUUCUGA